GCAUCACAUAAGAGAAUAAUUUAAAUCUUGAGACACUUGUUCAAAAUCACAGAAUACAGUAGGUACAUUAUGACCAAAAAUAUGUGGACAACAUGAUGCCUUUAUGAGCUUGUUGCACAUCCCAUUUCAAAACCAUGUGCAUUAAUAUAGCUACACCACUCCAGCUGAUGCUUGGCAUUGCGCAUAGUGAUCUUAGGUGUGUGUACCCAUUUCAUUAAGCUUGUACCAAUGCAGUUAUUGUGCAGACGUUGCUUCCAGAGGCAGUUUGCAACAGUAUACUGAGUGAUGCAACAGAGGACAGGGGAUUUUAGGUGCUACAUGUUUAAGUACGCUGUGGCCCUGUGAGUUUGUGGUCUACUGCGUCAUGGGUGAGCUGCUGCUGUUAGACAUUUCCAUUUCACAAUAAUAGCACAUACAGUUGACUAGGGCAGAUUUAGCAGGGUCGAAAUUUCACAACCUGGUUUGUGGCAAAGGUGGUAUCCUAUGAAAGUGCCAUGUUCAAAGUCACCGAGCACUUCAAAAUGAUUCAUUCUACUACCAGUGUUUGUCUAUGGAGAUUGUAUGGCUUUAUGCUUGGUUUUAUGCACCUGUUAGUAAUGGGUGUGGCUGAAACACCUGAACUCAGUAAUUAGGAGGAGUGUCCAUAUAAUUUUGGCCAUAUUGAGUAUAAUGUAUGCGUUGUACAGUAGGAUGUCAGUAGAGGUUCCCAUUCGACUUUGUCAGUGCAUUAAUGUAUCAGCCAGAAGAAUCGAGUACAUCUGACAACGCUUAAAUAGGCAGUUCUUCUACUGUUUUACACGGUAUUUAUUGUAGUAGCAUAUCGAGACAGCUUCUUCCUCAAUCUUUAGCGGUUUGCAAUGAGUAAAGGCAUGCUGAACGAGCUCGACCGCUUGAGGUCUCUCUAAGUGAAGGGCGGGAAAAACACGAGUCGUGUGCUGAGAAAAAACUAACCAGAGACGGACUGCCCAAUUCAUUCCGCACUACAGCAUCUGUCGACGUCUCAAAGGGGUUUGAUGUGAUAUUUUCCUAUUAAUUCGCCUCCGUGUAGUACCGUUACCGCCAUCGAGGCUCCUAAACAUUCCCCGUCAAUCAGGACUUGCCUGACGCGCGAUAUUUCGAGCUAGACCGUUGGCGCUACGCGUGACAUCACGGAGCCAAAUCCCAGAAGAGAACAGCGGUGUUUCGGUGUUCGUUAGUCCGGGUGUUCAGCAUGGCUUCGGAAGAAGACGCUAACAGACGCCGGCUUAGAGAGUUUCUGGACAGACCGGGGAAUGGGUACUGCGCGGACUGCAGUGCUCCAGGUCCAGAGUGGGCAUCCUUCACCCUGGGUGUCUACAUGUGUCAGAGCUGCUCAGGCAUCCACCGCAGCAUUGCUCAAAUUAGCAGAGUCAAAUCUGUCUUUCUUGACCCCUGGGAGAAAUCAGAGGUGGAGUUGAUGGCGUCCAUCGGCAACAGUUCUGCAAAAGCUAAAUAUGAACAGAUGGUACCAGCGUUCUAUUACUCCCCAACACACACAGACUGCCAGCUGCUGCGGGAACAGUGGAUCCGAGCCAAAUAUGAAAGGAAUGAGUUUAUGUAUGUGGAUAGACAAGAGCCAUACUCAGCAGGUUACCGGGAGGGGUUUCUAUGGAAACGAGGGCGAGACAACGGUCAGUUCCUAAGUCGAAAAUUUAUUCUCUCAGAGCGAGACGGAGCAAUGAAGUAUUUCAACAAGCAUGAUGCUAGGGAGCCCAAGGCAUUGAUGAAGAUCCAAACCAUUAAUGCCACCUUUCAGCCGACCAAGAUUGGCCACCCUCACGGGCUCCAGAUAACCUACCUGAAGGACAACAGCACCAGGAACAUUUUUGUGUACCACGAGGAUGGAAAGGAAAUAGUUGACUGGUUCAACGCAAUACGAGCUGCUAGGUUCCAUUACUUGCAAGUUGCUUUUCCCAGAGCCCCUGAUACUGAACUGGUGCCCAAACUGACAAGGAACUACAUUAAGGAGGGUUACAUGGAGAAGACAGGUCCAAAGCAUACAGAGGGUUUUAAAAAACGUUGGUUCACCCUGGAUGACAGGAGACUCAUGUACUUUAAAGACCCUUUGGAUGCCUAUGCACGAGGGGAAGUGUUCAUUGGCAGUAAGGAAAGUGGCUACACAGUAGUACCAGGCCUGCCCCCCUCCACGCAGGGCUACCACUGGCAGUUUGGCAUCACCAUUGUGACACCAGACAGAAAAUUCCUCUUUGCCUGUGAGACAGAGGAGGAGCAGAAAGAGUGGAUAGCUGUAUUUCAGAGUGUCAUCAAUAGACCCAUGCUACCACAGGAGUACGCAGUGGAGGCGCACUUCAAGCAUAAGCCCUGACUGUUUCUGAGAAUCAAGAGCUCAGAGAUGAAAGCCUGCAGCAAGGCCCAGCACCAAAGUCUAUCAUAACGGGACGCAGAGAGAGACAGCGGCAAGACAGCAGCUCCAGAACACUCAGACUGGGCUCACAACGACUGUGCAAACACUUGCUUUAAAAUACUGCAUACUAGCACAUCCGUGUUCCAUCCGAGUAGCUUCAACUAAAUCAUAAUUCUUAAGUCCCUUCUGACAAAGAUGUCAUUUGAUGGUGAUGUUAAAUGAAAGUGACACAGAAAUGAUGAGGGGCCUCCUUUAUAAGACUUUGCAUGAAUUCCAGAGUGAAAAUGUACAUACUCAUAAAAAACAGGAAAUUGCAUGUGCAAAAAGAAAAAAAAGAAAAACGCUGUUUCUGUCUAUAAGCGUCUAUUUAAAACUUGAUAAAUAAACAAAAAAGGGAUUAUGUCCAAAAUACCAAUGAAAUUAAAAAAGCUAGAGAUGUGAAUUGGUUAAUUAAAUUACAGGUUAGGGGAGAUGAGGACCGGGAGCCCAUUCUGCUGUGCCAUGUUCUGGAGCACAGCACAUGCCCUCACAAUCCGGCAGACCUUUUCUGGUUGGUGCAACAAUCUCCCACCUGAAGCAGUGAUCUACGUGAGAAUAAAAAUGUUUAUUUAUAGAAUUAAAUUGCUUUUCAAAGAAAUUCUGACUAGGUGCCUCUAUAGCAAUGUGAGUGUAGUCAUUUGCUUUGAUUCUAUGAGGAAAAUCGACAUUGCUGCAAAUUGCCCUUUUAUUUUGGCCUCUUAUUCACUGUGCAAGGAACUCUGAACUCUAACUAUUUAUAAAAUUAUGUAGCAAUUUAGUAGAUCCGUAAAUGUGUGAAUUUACUUUGCAGCUGUUUUCAGCCUGUAAUUACCCACAAUUAAUACCAAAACAUAACUAUUUACUAUUUCAGAUAGGGGAUUAAACUGCAAAUAGUUAGUUGGAGGAAUAUAUCUCAAUACAUAGAAACAAAUCAAUUAACCGGUCUACACAAAUACAUAAAAAAACACAUAAAAAUAAUGUUAUGCUUUUUAUGUCCAAGAAGUAAUCUGCGAGAGCUGCGAUUUGCAUAUUUAGCGGUAAUUCUCUACAUGUCCUCAGGGUGUCGCUAAUCCCCACGGUUUCUAAAAUAUGGCGUCUGGCUCUAUGCGUGGGUCAAAGAUUUUGUAAAAUAUACCGUCAAUUUCCUGCCAAGUAUUUUAUUUUAUUUUUUUAUAUAUCCCGGUUUCUGUGUCAGAGGUUGCGUGCGUACAUUCCAGAUCCAUUUUUGUGCAUACGCAAUCUUUAUAAAUGAGGCCCCAGGUCAUAUUUCAAGCUACCGUAGACCCUAUUGCCUGAGACAGACAUGCAAACUUACUGGGUCAAAGUGUCUAGUGAAACUCCUCAUAUUUAUUUAUUUAUUUGUAUGUCUUACUGUGUUGAAAGUCUGGUAUACUUGUGUGAACACUGAAGAAAGACAUUAAAGGAAAAAAAUGGACUAUGUAAUUGAUAUAAGAUGCUUGCUAAGCUUUGUGUAUAAUCUGUGCAUAAAAUUAUUUUAAUGAAAAACCAUAUGCACCUGUGUAUGUGGUGUUAUCUGCAAAUUACACAGUCUGCAAAUAUCCUCCAUAGGAGUGCACUACUGUUGCAGGUCUUAAAAUGUAAGUGCACUUCAUCCAUUGCCAUUCAUCGAGUUAAUGUUGACCAUUUUUAGGAAAUAAAAAAAUCUUGUGAUUCCAAUUUAUACUUUUAUUACACAUAAAACUAUUGCACAACAAGAAGCUUAAUGUCUCAAGAAGCUCACAAUGCAUUACUAUGAGGUGAUUUAUAGUUACAUCCAGAAAGCAGCAGGUACAAAUUACAUUUUCAUUCCAUGAUCCAAGUAAACACGUUGAGAAAAA